CCCACCACUCAUCCCGAAAAGCCAACGUAAGACGGUCUUCACGGCGGAGUCCUCUCUCGUCACAUCUCCACUGGCAUAAUGGAAACUGAAUUAAAACAGCUGUGGUACGUCCGUCUCCGGUACUUUUCCGCUUUCACCUCAUCAUCAUCAUCAUCAGCAGCAGCAGCAGCGUUUGUCUCAUGUAGCUCUCCUCCUCUUCGCUAAAAUAACUUCUCCUCUCCUGGUUUAAUUUUUAUUUCUCUUCCCUCAGACACGCUUUGAGAAAUAACCAAACCUACGACUUGUAACUAAACUGCUGUGGAAGAAGGUCGCGUUUGUUUGGAUGGAGAAUUUUGAGUCGUUGGUGAGUGAGCUGAAGGCAAGCUGGUUGUGAAGGUGCUGGAUUUGUUCCCCCCUACGCCCCAAGCCGGACACAGCAUGGCGGCGGGAGUAGCGGCAUGGCUUCCCUUUGCCCGGGCAGCGGCGAUCGGCUGGAUGCCCGUGGCCAAUUUGCCCAUGCCAGUGGCACCCACUGAGAAGAACAAGCGUCAGGAUGAGCUAAUCAUUCUUAAUGUCAGUGGACGGCGCUUUCAGACCUGGAGGAACACGCUGGACCGCUAUCCAGACACCCUGCUGGGGAGCUCAGAGAAGGAGUUCUUCUACAACGAGGAGACCAAAGAGUACUUCUUUGACCGGGACCCUGACGUGUUCCGCAGCGUGCUCAACUUCUACCGCACAGGCAAGCUCCACUAUCCACGCUAUGAGUGCAUUUCCUCCUACGACGAGGAGCUGGCUUUCUUUGGCAUCGUCCCGGAGAUCAUUGGCGACUGCUGCUACGAAGAGUACAAGGACAGGAAGAGGGAGAAUGCGGAGCGUCUGAUGGAUGACCAGGAGGACAACAAGGACGCUAAGCUGCCUAACAUGACCUUCAGGGAGACCAUGUGGCGGGCUUUCGAGAACCCCCACACUUCCACCAUGGCCCUUGUCUUCUACUAUGUCACUGGCUUCUUCAUUGCCGUCUCUGUCAUCACCAAUGUGGUGGAAACGGUGCCCUGCGGCUCGUCACCCAACCAGAAAGAAGUGCCAUGUGGUGAGCGCUACACCGUGGCCUUUUUCUGCAUGGACACGGCUUGCGUCAUGAUCUUCACCGUGGAGUACCUGAUGCGCCUGUUUGCCGCGCCUAGCCGCUACCGCUUCAUGAGGUCCGUCAUGAGCAUCAUCGAUGUGGUGGCCAUCUUGCCCUACUACAUUGGCCUGGUGAUGACUGACAACGAGGACGUGAGCGGCGCUUUCGUGACACUCCGUGUUUUCCGCGUGUUCCGUAUCUUUAAGUUCUCCCGUCACUCGCAGGGCCUGCGCAUCCUGGGCUACACGCUGAAGAGCUGUGCCUCAGAGCUGGGCUUCCUGCUUUUCUCCCUCACCAUGGCCAUAAUUAUCUUUGCUACCGUCAUGUUCUACGCAGAGAAGGGUUCAAGCUCCAGCAAAUUCACCAGCAUCCCAGCCUCCUUCUGGUACACCAUCGUUACUAUGACAACGCUCGGGUACGGAGACAUGGUUCCAAAGACGAUUGCAGGAAAGAUCUUUGGCUCAAUCUGCUCCCUGAGCGGGGUGCUGGUAAUUGCCCUGCCUGUCCCUGUCAUCGUGUCCAACUUUAGCCGCAUCUAUCACCAGAACCAGAGAGCAGACAAGCGGCGGGCGCAGAAGGUACAGAAAGCCCGCUUGGCCAGGAUACGAAUAUCCAAGACGGGAAGCUCCAAUGCCUUCCUCCACAGCAAGCGCAACGGCCUGUUCAACGAAGCUCUGGAGUUCACGUUUGGACCGGAGUGUCAGUGCCGGUUGGGACCACCAGACUGGCUGCUUCUGUCCAAACAACUUCCGUACAAGAUGAACCUUUCAGAUCAGAGUUCCACUGAGGAGGAGCAGCGGUUAAGCAAGUCCACCUCUCUACUAGAGAGCCAGCACCACCACCUGCUGCACUGUCUGGAGAAAACCACUAACCAUGAGUUUGUGGACGAGCAGUAUUACCAGCAGAGCUACCUGGAGGCGGGGCUGCAGAAUUACCCGUCUCGAAGCCCCUCCCUCUCCAGCCAAGACGGCGUGACGGGCACGUGCUGCACUCGCCGAAGCAAGAAGCACCACACCCCUUUACCCAAUGCCAGUGCCGCAGCACACAUGCAGCCUUUGACACACACGCACACACACCAACAAGGCUUGCAGGAGCUCAGCACCAUCCACAUCCAGCCCCUCAGCACCAGCCGCUCCAGUCUGAACAUGCGUGUAGACGAGCCAGCAUCCCUGAACUGCCAGAGCAGCCAGAUCACCACAGCAAUCAUCAGCAUUCCCACGCCGCCAGUGACGACUCCCGAGGGCGAUGCUCACCUGCCUGCAGGCCCCACCCACCAGAACGUUGUGAAGGUGUCCGCGCUGUGAAGACUAAAGUGCAGGCGCGUCGCAAAGAAAGACAGACAAAGACUCUUCAAGACAGACUGAGGGGACAGAGGAGCACUGGGAAUGAUGGAGGAGAUGGCAUUCAGAGUCCUAGUCUGGCCGUGGUGGAGCCUGCCCUCUGCUGGUCAUGUACUGUAACGACAUGGACUCCCUGUACAGACAGAGGAUGGCUUUUAGAUCCAGCAUAUUCAUGUUAGUGGUUGCGAGUGUGUGCGUGGGUGAAAGAGUGAAGGAAUACGUGUGGGGAGUCGUUGAAGAUGAGGAGGCGUGUGAGAGUGUGCCUCCCAAGUGUCGGAGAUGAGUUCCCAGAGCGAGUCAUGUGUCACUGUGCACAAAGCACCUUUUAUGAUUUUCGCUUCAGUUUGACUCUUACCGUCUCUUUUUCUUUUUUUUUAGCAGGAGAUAAAAAGAAAAAGUAAGAGAACUCAAGGGGAAAGACAAGAAAACAUUAUCAGAACUUUUUUCCCCACUGAUUUAGCCCCGCCCUUUUUGUUUUGUGUCAUUUUGGUCCACUCACCUGUUGAUAGAUAAAUACGCCACCAUUUUUUUUUUUCAGGUCCGAUAUUAUUCCACUUUAAAAAAUCCUUUAAAAGAUGAAACAUGGUAGGUGUGUCUGUGAUGGCGUUACCAAUGAGUUUAUUUGUGAAUGAGUGUAUGUGACUUUUUUGCUAGAUAGAGGAAUUGUGACAUUUUGGAUAGAAGGUAUGUGCCUGUGUGUGUGUGUGUGUGUGUGUGCGUGUAUGCGUGUGUGUGUGUGUGUGUGUGUGUGUGUGUGUGUGUGUGUGUGUGUGUGUGUGUGUGUGAGAAUGUGUUUGUCUCAGUUGAUUCAAUUCUCCUGGAAGUCUAUAUGGCUCAGUAUAUGGUAUAUUUGACUAGCUGCCACUCUGAUGGGUUCACUGUACACAUUUCUGUCCGAAAUUCUCAGCUACAAGCCUUUUACACGACAUGUGCCUGUUGCUGGAGUAAAAAGAGAUUUAUUUGUUUUUAUAGUUUUCUGAAUCCCGCCCUGCCUUCCAGUUCUUUUCCCUUUUGGCUGCCACAGCCCGACAGACCUCAAAUAACUCAAUUCUCUCACAAGGAAACCAAAAAAAAAAAAAGUACAUUUUGACUUCAAACCACCACUAUUAAAAGCACAAGGCGUCCACUGAGAAUUUCUGACACGAAUCUGUCCUGAGCCUGGGUUCUUUGUGAAUAUUGUUAAUAGAAUAUUUUGUAAUAUUUGACCAUCGUUUGGCAGAACCAGUGAAGCUGUCUUCUCGUUCUCUCUCUUUCUCCCUCAGUCUGUCUUUCUCUCUUCCCCUCUCUCUCUCUCUCUCUCUCUCUCUCGCUCUCUCUCUCUCUCGCUCUCUCUUUCUUUCUCUCGUUGUUGUCCUGUUGUAUCCCUACCUCCUGUGUGAACAACAGUAUGCUUUCAGUAGUCUUUAUAGCUGUCAACGUUUUUUCUUCCCCAAACUCAGCGGGCAUUUUUUCAAAGUUGUUGAGUAUGUGUACUCUAUGUGGUUAGGAAACUUGAUGUUUGUACUUUUUGUCCUCCUUGGUGUUUCAAAAGGAUUUUAUUUACUUUUAUCUUCUGGAGAACUUAAAGCAGGGAAGUCUGUUGUAACGGUGACCACAGAGAGGACACUGGAUGAGCCAUCCACAGAUCUCUUGUCACCAAAAAACACACGCUGUUCUGUCUGUUCUCUCGACUCGCAGCCCCCCCAACAUGUAACAUUAGUAUUACUUCUCAUCAGAUCCCAUCAAGGUUGACCUUUGUAACUAUGGACGAUGACCUUUUAGCUCUGCUAACCUCCGCGUUGAUACCUCCCUGUUGGCCUUUUUCAUCUCGAAUGUCAUUCUGAGUCCAACAGCUACACAGGCAGUUAGGUGGAUGAGACCACUGAGCAGAGAGGCUUCAGUCACAGCAGACGGAGCACCGACUUCUGCUCGGCAUAGAUGAAAUAAAACGUUGAUCAAGAGCACACGGACAGAGCUAGAGAAGCAUUAACAUAUGAGCAUACUGUCCAUAUAAGCCAAGAGCAUAUUUCAAAAGCAAUACUGGAAUUGGUCUAAUAUCAUGUCUGCCCAUAUGUAGCUGAGGUGAAACAGUUUUUUUUUCUGUAGAAGUAGAUUAUCAACUGUCAGACUAGCAGCAAAAAUGUGUAACAGUCUUUUUAGAAAAGUGUUUAAUUACCUUAAUAUGGAGACAUCUGAAAAACAGUUUUACACACGCAUUUGUAUUAAAAAAACACACACAUCAUUAUUAUCAUAUCAGCCAAUAUGGGUGGAAAUAUAUAGCAUAAUUGGUACCAUAUCAGUGCAUCACAACACAAGACCCCAAGGUCCCUUAGACUCCUCUGUUGUGCUUUAGUUCCCUCUGAUCCUGAGGUUAGUACCAACCCAAAAAAAGCCAAAAAAAAGUCUACAGAGUUGGGACAGGGUGUGUUUUACCUCUGAUGUUCUUAGCAGAGACUUAGCACUAUUGCUGGUAAUGUAGUACUGUACACAGUGACAACAGCAGCCUAGAUCCAGUAUUAGAGUUUAGUAAAUGCAGAUUUACCUGGAGUUAAAAAAAAAAGACAAGCACAGACAAGCAGAGCUUUUCCAGUGUAAUUUUAAAAAUGGGGUUGAAGACAUUGACUUCAUAUUCACAGCAUCAAGUCCGACAUUUAGAAUCUAUUGAAGACUACAACAAAGGUAUGACAUGGGUAACGGCAGAAGUGAGGUUCCCUGUAUUUUUUGUUGCUAGGACAGUGAUUAAACGUGACUAUACUUUACCGCUUCCCUGUUCCACGACAGGUUGUUUUGUGUCAGCCGCACUUUCAAAUGACACACUUUGAAUUAUUAUGUAAGCAUAUCUCCGCUCAAAGUGUCAAAAGGAUUGCAUUUUUUAUUUACAAACAACAAAAACAGAGGUCUGUGAUUGUGUUUGUCUCUCUUUCUCUUUCUCUCUCUCUCUGUUACGUACCUUCCUUUGAUUGUCUUUUUUUAUGGGCUCAGUCAGUUCCUUCCUCUCACUCUUUGCUUUGCCCUCCUAUGCCACCUGUCGUUGUUGAGACUACUGCUGUGCGUAUCUUGUCAGGUGUUGGAUAUUAUUUAUGACCUUGUCUUGUGUCCCGACUGUGAAACGCCUGAUAAAACAUCUAUAUCUGCCACAAAUACCAAAAUCUGUGGGCUCUCUUCUUCACCCGCCUCUGUGUGUGUGUGUGUGUGUGUGUG